GGACAUAUUAUCGCCAUGGGUCUCAUACCAGACGAGGCAAAGUCUCUCCCUCCUCGACUCGUCAACAGGAAUUCGUUGUGGCUGGCGGGUGUAGGCUGGUGCUCCGCGAUGCUUCAAAAUGCCAUUAACCACAGGCCACCGCUAAAAUCAGGUGUUCAUCGACAAGCCCUGUUGGCAACCAUUGGUUGGUUCAUCGGCUACCACAUUUCGAAAUAUGAAAAUUACACUUUCGCCAGACUUGAUCGAGACAUGAACGAGUAUGUAAGACUCCACCCACAGGAGUUUGCAGCAAAGGAAAAAAAGACCUUUGCAGAGAUUGUGGAGCCUUUCCAUCCUGUGCGCUAAGUGUCAGCACCUGGUGAGAUGGAAGAGGGAUGUCGAGAGAAAACACUUGCAGACUACCAUCUGUCUUCAGUGGUCUUUUUGUGAAAUCUUCCUGUCAUAUACUGUGUGAAAUAUAGCUAUGUAAAUAAAAAAAGAGAUCCCAAAUUCAA